CCUGCUGUCUUGCAGGAAUCGUCGAGAGUUUUGCUCGCGUUUUUGGCGUUUUCAACCACGUGUUUGUGAUUUUUACAGUUAGGAAGGAAGGAGUCUGCAGUUUUUACUUUUUUGUGACUCGAGAAUUCCAUCACGGUUGCUUUAUUUACUCUCGUGUCUAAUCAGGUUCGCUAAUGAGGCGAAAUUUCUGCAAAUCAUACCGAGUGUUCGAUAAAAAGGGUGUGGUGUAGUGAUUAAAAUGCCGAAAUGGUGCUGCACAACGCCUCGAUUACUAUCAAUCCGCGGAAACAAAGAUUGCAAGAGGAGUCUCCUCAAGUGCCGGCAAGAGGACGAUUUGUUGCCAGGCGCCAGCAUCAGAGCAACACAACAUGGCAUGGGACGACGACGGCAUUGACGGGGGUGCAACAGCCCCCAAUCAGACAGAGCCCGGAUAGACUCAAAGGCACCACUUGCGACCUCUUCGAGCUCUUAGAAAAAGCCCAAAGUUCCAGAUUAGAUGACCAAAGAUGUGUAUUACCAGCCUAUUUCAACCAGACGCCCUUGGUGCAGAGACAACACAGCGUGCCAGGGCCGGAUCCCCGGGACGAUUGCCGUCUUUCGACCAACAACAACGUGGGGGGCUGCACGCCGCCGGCCUCUCCUCAGCAGGCGACGCAAUCCAGGAGGCUGCUGCAGGAGACGCUCGCGCGCCCGCCCCCCUAUCCCAUGAUCGCCGUCCCCGAGAAGGGCUACUGGGUGGAUGGGACCGACCAUGAAGUCGCCUUCGACCACAGAGGGGGGCCCAUCCUCCCACAUCAGACGUGGAGGGCCAAAAUCGAAACCGACGACACCGGAAAGUGCUACAGGAGGUUCUAUGUUGGAAGGGAGCACACCUCCCUCAUCGGCACCGACGACCACCUCGGCCCCGUCCUCCUCUCGAUCAAAACGGAGAACGUGGCCAACCAGGAGCACACCCGCAUCCUCCUCCGGAUGCGCACCGGGACCAUGCACGAAAUCGUCCCAUCGUCCUGUCUCGGCGACAGCCCCACUCCCGCCCGCAUGGCCAAACUCCUCAACGAGCAACUCAACAUCGACAACUUCGUCCCAGUUUUGCACCCCAAAGCCUCCCAACUCAUCGCCAACUACGACGAGCAUGUCCUCGUCACCAACUUCAAGUUCGGGGUGAUGUACCAGAAGUUCGGCCAAACGACCGAAGAGGAGUUGUUUUGCAACAGUGUCACCACGCCGGCCUUUGACGAUUUCCUCGGACUGUUGGGUCAGAGGAUACAGCUGAAGGACCAUAAGGGGUACAGAGGGGGGCUGGACAUCCAGAACGGGCAUACGGGGGACCAAGCGGUCUAUGAAGUCUUCAAAGACCGAGAAAUUAUGUUUCAUGUCUCCACGUUGUUGCCCUACACGGAGAGUGACCCCCAGCAGUUGCAGAGGAAGAGGCAUAUUGGGAACGAUAUUGUCGCUAUUGUUUUCCAGGAGGAAAACACACCGUUUUCGCCGGAUAUGAUAGCCUCGCAUUUUCUACACGCGUUUAUUGUGGUUCAAGUGGUCGAUCCCAACACCCCCAACACAAGGUACAAAGUGAGCGUGACGGCGCGUGACGACGUCCCCUUCUUCGGACCGACGCUCCCGACGCCGGCCGUCUUCCGUCACGGCCCCGAAUUCAAAGAGUUCCUCUUGACGAAACUGAUCAACGCCGAAAACGCCUGUUACAAAGCCGAAAAAUUCGCCAAAUUGGAGCUCCGCACUCGCACCUCCCUCCUCCACACCCUCACCGACGAUCUCAAAGAGAAAACGACGGAAUUUCUGGGCGGCAGCGCCACCGUCGUGCCCGGAACCCCCAAAAGCGACUCCGGGCCCGGAUCCCGCUUCAUCGACACGGUGAAAAAGGCCUGGAGUGCUCGUGUCAAAUCGAGUCAAAGUGUCGAUAAUAACUUGUCCAAUGCGAAUGGACACGAAAGACUGUCGAAAAAGUCAAGUCAACCGACCAUUUCCGAAUCGACGCCAUCGAGUGGGCGUUCGCUGUCGAAAAGUUCGAUUGUUUCGAAUGGGAAGAAGAGUGCGAAUUCGUCGACGGCGUCUUCGCCUGACCUCACGGCGCAUGCUGCACUCUCGGAGGCCAGUGACGACUCGUCGCUCACCAGCGAGGACCUGGAGGAGCAUCUCCAAGGGGGCUACGUCGAUAGUGACACCGGCUUGGAGAGCAUGUCGAGUGCGGAAACGGCGGCGAAGGCCUGCAGUGUGUGUCAGGAGCGGCCGACGAGCACCACGGGCCCCAGCACCACCGAGGUGCUAGCACAAGAAGUGGCGAAACUCAAGUGUGAUAAACUGGAUUUGUUGAGACAGAAUGUGAGUUGUCAACGGGACAUCAAACGGUUGAGGGAGAAAGAGCUGAGUCUGCAAGGGGACUUGGAGGCGGCCAAAAAGGAGAUUAUUAGGUUGAGGGAGCUGUUGAAGGACUACAGCCCCAAUGGGGAUCGGUCUCCGGUUUAAUAAUGAAUUGUUAUUGCGUUUCUGUUGCGGUUAUUAUUUUAAUAUUUAAAAUAAUUUCUGUUUUCUUCUCAAAUCUUUACAUAGACGAUAUGUAAACGGUGUCAAUUAGAUGUUUGCACAUACUUACUUACACAUAGCAUCAACACGAAAUACGUAUUCUUCACUGCCUUGUGAUAUCUGGUUUUUGUUUCGUUUAGGGAUUUUUUUUCUUUCGUUGCUGCAAUACUGAAUGAACAACGAACUUGCUCAGUGAGGGAGUUGGGCCUUUUUCUUUUCUCUUUGAAGAAUUGUUUAGUUUUUUAAAUAUUUAUUAAUAUUGUCUUGUUUAGUUAUAAUACAACUUUACCAACAAAAUGAUACCAAAGUUAACAUUCCCCAAAAAUUCUGUUUCAGAAAUUAAAUUAUUUACUAAGUGUACAUAACAAAGUAUUUAUUAGUUUGUAAGGCGAGCAGAGUUUCCUGAGGAUAUUGUUAAUAAUGUAGAUUUCUAUAUUACUCUGUUCAAAUUUUUUUAAGUUUGUACAACUGCAAUAUGUAUUACUAAAGUUUAGUAUCCCAUUACAUUAAGUUUUUAUUUUGUACAUAGAAUAAUUCUUCUGUAUUAGAUGUAAUCAGCGUCUGGUAUUUAACUUCUCCAGACGAAUCUAUGGCCUUCUUAGGACGAUCUGAGUGAUACAAAUAUUCAUUAAGUGUAAUGUGUUACAAAUUACAAUUACAUUAUUUAACUCUUUAUUCAAAAGCUUUUUAUUUUAAGUACCUAUUAAUUCAUACAAUUAUUAAGUGUUCUUUGUAUAUACAUUAUGUAACUCUUUUAUGUACCUUGAUUUGUCGUAACGACGUUUGCUGCAAAUAAAUUCAUUAAAUCAA